ACAGUGAUGAAAUCGGCUGCCGUGGAAGCAAGGCAAAACGACAAAUUAGCACUAAAAUUCAAAAAUCGUCCUGCCUGCCUCCCUGCUUUCCACAGACUCACCCACUCUCAACCUCACAGCAACUCUCUUUUCAACUAAAACCAAAGCAUCAUUCCAGGCUGUGGGGAUUUGGAGGUGGUGAGCAAUGAGUUCUUGCAAGGUUUCUUGGAUUGUAUUUUUUCUAUGGCUAUUCAUCGGCUUGUCUCUUCCCUAUCAUUGUUUUGCCAUUGAAGCUGGUGCCAACCCAGCAGCCCAGCUCUUUGUAGAUGCUUCUACAGGAUCAUCACGACCAAUACCUGAUACAUUGUUUGGAAUAUUCUUUGAGGAGAUCAACCAUGCUGGCGCUGGUGGAUUGUGGGCAGAGCUUGUAAGCAAUAGAGGUUUUGAAGCUGGGGGCCCUAAUGUUCCCUCAAACAUAAAUCCUUGGGCCAUAAUUGGGAACGAGACCUCCUUAAUUGUGUCCACAGAUCGCUCAUCAUGUUUUGAUCGAAAUAAAGUCGCUCUUCGAAUGGAAGUGCUCUGUGAUAGCCAAGACACUAAUAUCUGUCCAUCUGAGGGAGUUGGUAUUUAUAAUCCAGGAUUCUGGGGCAUGAAUAUUGAACAAGGGAAGAGCUACAAAGUUGUAUUUUACGUCCGCUCAACAGAUGCAAUUAAUAUUGAUGUAUCACUAACAGGCUCAAAUGGGUUGCAGUUGCUGGCUUCUGCUAACAUAGUGGCUCCUGCUUCUGAUGUUUCAGAUUGGACUAGGAUGGAGGUUCUGUUGGAAGCCAAGGGAACAAAUCACAAUUCAAGGCUGCAACUAACAACAACUCAAAAGGGUGUGAUAUGGUUUGAUCAAGUUUCAGCCAUGCCCAUGGACACAUACAAGGGACAUGGUUUUAGAAAUGAGCUCUUUCAAAUGCUAGCAGAUAUAAAACCCCGAUUUAUCAGAUUUCCAGGUGGAUGCUUUGUUGAGGGUGAAUGGUUAAGAAAUGCAUUCCGCUGGAAAGAAACAAUUGGACCCUGGGAGGAGAGACCUGGGCAUUUUGGUGAUGUUUGGAUGUACUGGACUGAUGAUGGAUUUGGUCAUUUUGAGUUUCUUCAAUUAGCAGAGGACCUGAAUGCGUUGCCAGUAUGGGUGUUCAACAAUGGAAUCGGCCAUCAAGAUCAAGUUGAUACUGCUAGUGUCCUACCUUUCGUGCAGGAAGCCCUUGAUGGCAUUGAGUUUGCCAGAGGCGAUCCUAGUUCUAAAUGGGGCUCUGUUCGAGCUGAAAUGGGACAUCCAGAACCAUUUAAUUUGAAAUAUGUUGCUGUUGGGAAUGAGGAUUGUGGGAAAAAGAAUUACCGAGGAAACUACCUCAAGUUCUAUGAUGCUAUAAAGCGUACCUAUCCAGACAUUCAAAUCAUUUCAAACUGUGAUGGAUCUUCUCGCUUAUUGGAUCACCCAGCUGAUUUCUAUGAUUUUCAUGUUUAUACAUCUGCCAGCAACUUGUUCUCCAUGGCUCAUCAAUUUGAUCGUACAUCACGAAUUGGACCAAAGGCUUUUGUUAGUGAAUAUGCUGUGACUGGAAAAGAUGCUGGCACAGGAAGUCUUUACGCAGCACUUGCUGAGGCUGCAUUCCUUAUUGGGCUGGAAAAGAACAGUGAUAUUGUUCAGAUGGCAAGCUAUGCACCACUCUUUGUGCAUGCCAAUGACAGGAGGUGGAACCCAGAUGCAAUUGUCUUCAACUCCUCACAUGCAUAUGGAACUCCUAGCUAUUGGGUGCAACGUUUCUUUGCAGAGUCCAGUGGAGCAACUCUGCUAAAUUCAACACUCAAAACCAAUUCCUCCAAGUCACUAAUUGCUUCUGCAAUUACAUGGCAAUCAGAGGAUAGCGAAACUUACUUAAGAAUAAAGUUUGUAAACCUCGGGAACAGUUCUGUGUAUCUUAGCAUUAUUGUGAAUGGGUUGGAUUCAAACUCAAAGCUGAUAGGAUCAACAAAGACUGUACUCACUUCUACUAAUCUGAUGGAUGAAAAUUCCUUCAUGCAGCCAGGGAAGGUGGCGCCAAACCAAACUGAUCUCCUUAUAGGAGCUCUCAACAAGAUAAAUGUUGUAGUCCAACCAUUUUCUUUGACUUCAUUUGAUUUGUUGAAGGAAUCUGUUAAGCUUAGAAUGAAGGAAGCUGACACCUCCUCCAAAUCUUCUAUUUGAAAGAAAUUAGCAUAAUCACUGCAUAAUAAUGAAAUAAGUCCUUUACAUAGUUUGUUUGCAUAUGUUAAUGUUAUUCCAUUCUCUAUUCUGAUGAUGUAAAUAUAAACCCUAUCAAUAA